UCACUUCCAAUUUCUGUGUCACUCUCCCUGGUUGCUGUGGCCAGAAAAACAGGUAAUGGAGCAUGAUCAGUGCUCCAUUAGCUUCAAUGGAAGGCAACAGUGCCACCUGCCAGUGCCCAUCAAUGCCAGCUGUCAGUGCUCAUCAGUGCCACCUGCCAGUGCCUAUCAGUGCCACAUCAAUGCCACAUAUUAGUGCCUACCACUGUACAUCAAUGCCACAUAUCAGUGCCCAUCUGAGCUGCCUUUCAGUGUCAUAUCAGUGCCAGUCAGUGCCACCUAUCAGUGCUGUCAAUCAGUGCCACCUAUCAGUGCCAGUCAGUGCCCUAUCAGCCAUCAGUGCUGCCUAUCAGUGCGCAUCAGUGCUGCCUAUCAGUGCGCAUCAGUGCUGCCUAUCAGUGCAUCAGUGCCCUAUCAGU